GAUUUUAGUUCAAUGUUCAAUUGAUAACAAUUUUAUAUAAGUAUAUAACUGACAAUAUCAUAUUGUAUACAUCAUAUUUAUAUUGCAAAUAUUUACAGUUAAUGCCAUUAAUAUGACACUGUUGAAUUCAAAUCGCAUCUAUUUAAUCACCUGUUCAAUAGUCUACUUUCUAUGUUAUUUAAGUAGUAUCACUGUAACUGCUCAAACAAUAAAAUUUAGUAAAAAAUCUGGUAAAGUUGAUUAUGCUAAUCCUGAUAUAGCGGGAUAUCAUCAUUGUGCAUAUUGGCGUUUACCUGAUGGUCAUUCAAUUAUUGCUUCAUGUACACCAUUUACACUGCAUCGUUGUGGAAAGAAACUAGAAUUCGAUUACAAAUGUUGUUCUGGAUAUGAAAAAAUUGAGAAAAUAUCAUACAACUUUAGAGAUUUUAAAAAGGGUGAAUGUGCUAUGCAACUUUCGCCGUAUGAAUUAUGCAUUAAUUUGAUAAGUAAUCAAUCUGAUAUCUCACCAUUUGUGGAUAAAAUGCAAUCGAUGAAACAAUUUAAUACAAAGAAUCCUGAUAAACCGUAUACAAUAUUUGCACCAAGUACAAGAAGUCCAGAAAGAUAUAAAGACUUAACAAAUGCUGCAGAACACAUUGUUCCCGGUCGAUUUUAUUUAAAAGAUUUAAAAGCUGGACUACAGUUGGAAACUUUAGAUCCUAAACGUAAAUUAUACGUGACACGUGAACAUCAAGGACUGUUUCAAUUGAUUGUAUAG